AUGUCUGCUUCUGCUGCCAUUGCUAGUGUUGCUAAUACUACUAUUUACGCCACGACUGCUAACACUGCUACUGCUGCUGCUGCUGCUACUACUACUACUACUACUACUACUACUACUACUACUACUACUACUGCUACUACUACUAUUACUACUACUUAUACCAGUAAUAAUAAUCCACAUUUCUACUACCGCUACUGUUACCACUACUACUACUACUACUACUACUACUACUACUACUACUACUACUACUACUACUACUACUACUACUACUACUACUACUACUACUACUGCUACUACUACUACUACUACUACUACUACUACUACUACUGCCACUACUACCGCUACUAUCACUGCCACUACUACAGCAACUACUACUACUACAACCACCACUUCCACUGCUACUACUACUACUACUACUUAUACUAA